CAAAUUCCUGGCUCGGAAGCCACUUUGGGUUUCACGACUGAAACCUUUUACCUCAAAAAGCCCUCCCGCAGCUGCCCUGUGGCCAGGCCCUCUACAGCUACGAGGGGAAGGAGCCCGGCGACCUCAAGUUCAACAAGGGCGACAUCAUCAUCCUCCGCCGGAAAGUGGACGAGCACUGGUACCACGGCGAGCUGCACGGCCAUCACGGCUUCUUCCCCGCCAGCUUCGUCCAGUGCCUCAAGCCCCUGCCUCUGACGCCGCCCCAGGGCAAAGCCCUCUACGAUUUCGAAUUAAAGGACAGAGAUCAAGACAAGGACUGUCUGUCCUUCACGAAGGAUGAAAUUCUGACAGUGAUCAGGAGAGUGGAUGAUAACUGGGCCGAAGGCAUGCUGGGAGACAAGAUUGGAAUUUUCCCUCUCCUCUAUGUCGAGCUCAACGACUCGGCCAAGCAGCUCAUCGAGACGGACGCGGGCACGGGUCCCGGGCAAGAGGCCUCUCCGCCAUCGUCCCCGGCCCCGGGCCCCCCCUCGGGCGGGGCGAGCGUGGGCGCGGUGGGUGCCAUCCAGAGGCGCGUCGACGGCCGGAAGCACGCCAAGAAGCGGCACUCCUUCACGGCGCUCAGCCUGACGCACAAGGCGGCCCAGGCGGCCAGCCAGCGGCGCUCCAUGGAGAUCAGCGCGCCCGUGCUCAUCAGCUCCAGCAACCCGCGAGCCGCCGCCAGGAUCGGGGAGCCGCCCCACCUCUCCUCCAGCGCCCCGGCCCAGGAUUCCUCUUCGGCUGGCUCCGGGACCCUGAGCGGCACCAGGACGUCUGGGAUCGCCGGAGACCAGGGACCGACCUCCUCUGCGAAGACCCCGCUGCCCCUCAAUAUAUACCUGGCGCUCUAUGCCUACAAGCCCCAGAAGAACGACGAGCUGGAGCUCCGCAAGGGAGAGAUGUACCGGGUCAUCGAGAAGUGUCAGGACGGCUGGUUCAAGGGGACCUCGCUGCGCACCGGCAUCUCGGGCGUUUUCCCUGGGAACUACGUGACCCCCGUGUCCAGGGUGCCCCUAGGAGGGGCCGGGCCGGCCCGAAAUCACCCGGCAGGGGGGUCGCCGUUGGCCAAAGGAGGCCCGGGGGCGGCCGGUCCUGGAGUCGGGAGUCUCCCCCAUCCGGCCGCGGCGUCCCGGCCGGCGGUCCCCGUCCCCCAGCACCAGGUCGCCUCUCCACCGACGAGCGGCUGCCUGAGGUAUUCGGCUCAGCCGGCCGCCAGCCCGGUCCGGGGCUCCGCACAGAUGGCUGCUCACUCCUCCGCCCAGGUCCCGGACCGGCCCACGGCCACAGUGUCCCCGCUUCGCACCCCGAACUCUCCCUCCCGCCUCCCGGCCUCCUCCAUCAGGCCCCAUCCGGGGACCUCUCCGCAGCUCGUCCAGCCGGCCCCGGCCGCCCCCGGAGCCCCGGGGCCCCGGCCCGUGAUCCCCUUAACGUCGGCGGCGGCCGCCAUCACGCCUCCCAACGUCAGCGCGGCCCACCUGAGCAGGGAGGCCGGGCCCGGGCCCGGGGGCGGCCCGCCCACCUCCAGCCCGACCAAUUCAGCCUGUAAAGCCGAAGAGAAGAACAACGAAAAGAAGGAGAAGAAAAGCGGACUGUUGAAACUUCUGGCAGGGGCGUCGACCAAAAAGAAGCCGCGCUCGCCCCCGUCCGUGUCUCCGACCCACGACCCACUCCGCGGCGGAAGCGGCCCUGCGGGGAGCCGUGGGACCGACCUGUCCUCCCGUCCGGCCACGGCAGGGCCGGCUCCUGCCCGGUCGAGAGCGAGAUGCAGGGCGCCAUGGGGCUGGAGCCGCUGCACAGGAAAACCGGCUCCUUGGAUCUCAACUUCACCUCCUCCCCCCCGGCCCGCCAACCGCUCUCCUCCCUGGCAGCCAUCCGCCCCGAACCCAAGCCAUUGGCCCGAGAAAGGUAUCGCGUGGGUGGUCUCUAUCCUCCUCAGAGCGAAGCCGAGAUCGAACUCAAAGGGCGACAUCGUGUUUGUGCACAAAAGCGAGAGGUGGUUGGUUCAAGGGACGUUGCAGCGCAAUGGCAGGACAGGCCUUUCCCGGCAGCUUUGUCGAGAGCUCUGAGGGGCCGGCUUUCUCCCCCAGAGCUCAAGCCCCUCCACCCCGGGCGGCCGUCCGGAAGAAAUGCCGGCACGGAAGGGCAUCGCGCCGCGGCCUCCGAAGACCAACGCCACCCCCCGGCCGCGGGCCCUUCGGCUCCAGGACACCGAGCUCUGCCGUUGAAUCUCUGGACUUGGGGCUGCCAACAGAUCGGGGGGUCCAUCGGAGUAGUGCCUUCCUCCGGGAAUCACUUAACUGAGGAGAUGCACUUUCGGAACGCCGUCGACGCGAGAGGAGGUAUCGUCGGCCGACGGAAGGACGAGAAGACUGGCGCCUCGGCCUGAGUUUUUCACCCGAGCCGCGGAGAGCGCGUCUCCCGCCUGCGCAAGAUGGACGGGGGGCUUGUGGGAAGGGGGCGAGGGAGCUUGUCGGUGGAGCUGAGGGACAUUCAUGUCUGUGUUCGGGGAAGAGGGGGAGAUUCACGCGCGCGCUCAUGCCAGGUGUUGUCCUUUGGGACCGGCUGGGUGGCGGGGAGAAGGGAGGAGGAAAAUCCAAAUUGGUAGGGUCACCUUUUUCGAAAUACCUCAACCGUCUGCCGCCCGAUUCCAUCAGCCGGAGCGGGGCUGCCGUCUUUAUCCCCGCAGGCCGUGCGGGUGGUAAUCCGCCAGACCGCUCCGGCAGACCGGGACUGCACCGUGUGACUUUGGCCUCGACCGAUGACCCCGGUCCUCUGAGGCAUGACACCUGCCAGUGUGAUACGGUGCAAUUUUUGGUUUCUGCCCCUCAAUUUCUCUUCCCGCUGCUUUUUUUUUAAGACAUGCCUUUGUACCGUGAAUGCCAUUCGACUUUCUAUAUUUCUAAUAGGCCGUACGUUUCCUAUUUUUCAUACAUCUGGUGCUUUUUUUUUUUUUUAACUAGGAACAUCAAACGUGCAGAUGUUUUUAUAUUUUCCAUAUGAAUUUCAGAAUCAGCCAACACGUCCACGUCCUCAAGGUCAAAACCGUUAGUAAUGCCUCAUUGAGCGAAAGAGAGAAAUCUGGGCGUAGCGGGAAGAGAGGUUUGGAAAAAAGCCAAAAUGUUUAAGCCCAUCUUAAAACCCCAGUACUGUGUCUAGACAGUGACAAUUAUUCAGGAAUCGGGAGCAUUUCCAAAAGAGACAACUUUAAUUGACUUUUUCAUGGCAGUAAAAAGACUACUGCAGGUUACAGCUAGUCCAGAAUGGCUGGAAUUUUCCUCUUCUCAUCAAGUCAGAGAGAAAGUUUCAGUGGCUGUAAUUAGCAGCAUCAAAAUGUGAUUUCUCGCUGUGGACAUGUACGAUUCUCACCAUCGUUCAGAUUUAUAAUCCCGUUAAGGUUUAAAACAACAAAAAAAACCACCCUACAUCAACCGGUGUAAACUUCCAUUUACCCGGCGGCGAUAAACGUAAACGAGGAGAUUUGAUUCUUCACUGAGGUCACAGCAGGGAAAAACCUCAUAGCGGAUCUGUCCGGGGAAAGUCGGGGAAGAGGAGAGAUGCUUUGAUUCGGUGAGGCCCGAAUCGAAAAGCAUAAAGAGAAGUGUAUUAAUCAUGACGUAGCAUCAGUGGUGUUUAUCGAGUGCUUACUGUGUGCAGAGCACUGUACUGAACGCUUGGGAGAGUACUGUUUCUCUGCGGCUCACGGUGACUGGCUAGAAGCAGAAGGGGAAGGGGUGAUGAUCUCAUUAGAAAGAAGGGGGCCAAUAAUACGGAAGGGUUUUUCUUCCACCCAAGCCACGGGUGGGCACGGGACCUUAAAGAGUGGCUGCUUACAUUCGGCUCUAAUCGUACAGAAUAAAUUUGUCCUUGGCAACAUGGAGCUCCUUGGCUCCGGUGUCCUGCCUGAGACAGACGGAUUCCAGAAAUCCAGUCCCCCCACCCAGGGCGGUCCAUCUGAAUAUGAAAGCUGUGAUUUUCCAACUUAUUUUGGGAUGUUACGGAGGCUAUUUGUGGCUGCCUCAUUAUAACUGAGGCCAAAGGGAGUCUGUUCCUCUACAGAGCAGCCCGCUUGGAAGUUGAGAACAGAUUGAAGAGAUGCGGUUCUGUAAACUUUUCAGAUCAGCCGGCCUGUCAGUUAAUCGCAGCCAGUAAAUCCGACAUCGUCAAUGAAGAAUCAGUCCAUUAAAAGUGGGAAAAGGUCAAAAGAGCCAGGUGGGUGGAGGCUGGUGUGUUGAUUCAUGUGUGUGGGUGUGGGUGUUGGUAAAUAGCCAGUACACAUAUGUGUGCUUUAAUAAGCUGUCCGGGCCAAAGAAAGCUUGAGUAGUUGAAAUGUCCAUAUAUCCCAAAUCCUCAUUUGGCCCAGUAGCUUCAGCCUUUCUCCUUACCCCCAAAUCCUACCAAAAAACAAAAAAAAACAACCUUUUCCCAGAGCAGCUCAGAGGCAGCAGAAGGGACUCGUAUAAAGUUUAACAUUCCCUACUCGCCCCACCUCCGAGUGCGGGGGUGAAAUGAGCAAAAAGGAUAACAGAGAGGAGGGAGAAGAGGAGGAGGAGGAAGGAAGAAGGGCAGGGUGACCCAUCCCCUAAGUGACAGUCAGUUGGCUUCACCAAGCCCGGAUGGGCACAAAUGAGGUUUCUACCAAGUGACAGGUGUUUGGCUGGAGAGUUGUCUUCUACCCUUUACUGUUCCGGUCCAGAAGAAACGAUAACAGUAAACCAUCUUGGUGACCGCGGGCCAGAGUCGUCCAAAGCCUGAGCAGAGGUCACCAGGAGACACACGAUCCGCUGUGUGGCUCCAUCGGAGGUGCUCAGUACAGUGCUCUGUACGCAGUUAAGUGCUCAAUAAAUACAAAUGAAUGAAAGAACGAACCCAGGGACCAAAACAGCAUGCGUGGCCCGGAAGCCAGGGGUUUGAGGGUUGUUCACCGCGAUAUCAGGAGUCAAUCCGUGGUAUUGAUUGAGCGCUGUGUACAGAGCACUGUGUUAACCCCUUGGGAAAUCAAUCAAUCAAUCA